UGUGUGCUAGGAGGUCGGCGACAUGGACGAUUCUUGCUGAAUUUUAAUGUUACGCACCGUUCAAUUUAUGCUUCACUUCUACAAAUUAACCUUGGGCAAAGUGAACUGCUAGUGUAAAUUUUUUUAUGUUGACCGUUUGUUAGGCUAUGCAUAGAAAGAGUGGUGCCUACAAUCUAUAUAUGACUGCGACGGUUAUAAGUAAAAAAGACCAACUUAGUAGGAAAGGCCUUAAGAUUUCGUGAAAAAUAAGAAGUGUAUUAAAGCUAUGAACAUGAAGCCGUUAACGACGAUUAUUUUCAUAAUCACUGCUUAGCCUUUAGGAUAUGUUUCAGACUCCUUGUAUCUUGUAUUGCGUUUUUGUACAAUCGUAACAAUGUGCUCACAAAUUCAAUUUACGAUGAUCACGAGUUAUUUUAAUUGAGAACAAUGCUUUGAUAUGCGCUUCAAGUGGUCGGUCAAAUCAUAUACGGCCAUAUGGCUGUACAUGUUAUUUAUAAUAACUUUCAUAUGGACAAAUUAUAUUCCAAGAUUGCCGAUUUUUUCUUAUUCUGAAGGUGAAAAUGAUAACUCUUACGAGCUCCGAAGACGAGUUGGCUCCCCACAUAAAUCUGGAAGAAAAAUUCACGAAAAUGGAGCCUUCCCGUGGGAAGACUUUGUGUGUCGAUGGAGCGUGCCAAAGAUGAUGGAGUCUUCACUUCACAUGAAUGUAUUUAUAAGAGAUGUGGAGCCCACGCCAUCAGUCCACCACAUUUUCUUAUUGGAUACGGGCUGCCUGGACGCUCUCCCCAACCGACAUCUCUGUGCCCUCGAGAGUUACGCUCUCCUACAUCCGGAGUCUGAGGUCUGGAUGCUGGUGACAGUGGAUGCACUGGAUGACUCUGAUGGUCUCUUGUCAACCCUCGUCCGCAGCUACGGCAACAUCCGCCUCGCUGCCCUGGACCUGAACCUCUUGUUCCUCGACACUCCCCUGGCCGGUUUCUACACGACGCACGAGCUUCUUGAAUCACGCUACAUCAACGUGCAGAUGAGCGACAUGGCGCGUGUUGCGCUGGUGUGGCGGUACGGUGGCUUCUAUAGCGACAAUGACGUCAUCGCCCUCAGCUCCAUCAGUGACCUCAGCAACGCUAUUGCAUUUGAGAACAACAGGUCGAUUGCCAACGCGCUUUUCCACUUUGAAGCCAAACACGAAUUCCUUGUGGCUGUGAUGAAUUACAUGCCUGCGCACUUUGCGCCAGGUGAGUGGACAAGUAUUGGUCCGCAAGCCACGACCGCCGCGGCGUUAGAAAUUUGUAACGAGCGUAGCGCCCUUCCGUACUUCGAUGACGUCCCGAGUUUGUGUCGUGACGUUACACUUCUGCCGGAGAAAAUAUUCUAUCCGCUCCCAUGGACGUACUUCAAGAAGCUUUUCGAGACCAGUUUGGCGGGAAGCUUUCAAGAGGCGUACCCCAACACCCGCGCGCUGCACUUCACUGGGUCCUCCUCCGACCGCGUCGCCGUCGACGUGGUCGAGAGCCCCACGAGCGUCUACGUGCAGGCCGCCACCCACCGCUGCCCCGACGUCUUCUCUACCGCCACCAGGAGGAGCCGGUUCUUCUGAGUCACUCUGAAAUAUAUAAGGGUCGUGUUGUCCAAGUGAUAACACAUGUGCUAACACAGCACAAACAAUGAGCGGACGUAGCACUGAUAAGUAAAAUGGAAGUGUUAUGUUGUCAAAAAUGUGACACACUUUAUUGCACACAGCAAUUGGGUGUAGCACAGAUACGAUCUUUUUCAAAAACAAACUGAGUCAAAAUUACCUCACAAAAAGUGUACCCUCCGUUACAUGGAUUAAAUAUCAUCAUUUCUGUACAUGCAUAUAUAUAAGAAAUAGCGAAUGUUUUUUAUUAAUAAUUUUUUUUCUCUCAGUCGAACAAUGUUUCUUGCUGGAGUUGGCAGAUCAAUACGCUGGUUACCAGGAGACAUUUUAAUAAACGACGUUCCGAAUACAUUUUAAAGGAGGAACUUCAGCCAAACUAUUGCAAAACAUAAAACUAUUUAUGGAUUAAUGCGAAUAAUUUUUUAGCUUGCUGAAAAUUAGUACAGCGGCAGGACUAAAACAGAUCCUGAAAUGAAGUUUUAAAUUUAUAUUUUUUAACGCUAUAUGAUCAUAUGGUUAC